AUGAAAAUCCAGAGGUUGUUGUCUCGUGGCGCUGCACCCGCUUCACCCGUGCCUCAAGAAGAGCUGUCGGGCAGCGAAGCUGGUAGCUUAGACAUAGAAGAGGAGCUUCACCAGCGGAGCCUUGAUCCCUCGGAUCCCGAUGUCUACUUGGAUGCCUUCUUCGGGCCUUUGUUCUUCAAGCUGGAUCGGAUCCGCAAAGAAGGGUCGGCCAAACCUCGCUUCUCCGAUUACUGGCUCGUUAGCAUUUUCCUCCUGCUCAACCUUGGUGUUCAACUGACCAUUGCCUUGAAGAUCGAGCAGGUGGGAAAGGAAACCUAUGGAUCCAUUGGCAAGAACCUGAAUCAUGGCACCUGCUGGAGAAUAUCACAUCAUCCCGAUUUCAUCGGAGCCCUCUAUCCCGAGAGUCUUGCAGGCUUGCGCGACUCCUCGACAUUUGACUUCGACUGCACCCAGCCGAUGCUGACCUUGUCCAUCUUUCCAGAGAGUUUGGAUACCAACCGCGACGGCUUUUGGACCAUGGACGAAGUAGUGGCAAGGCAGGCGCAGCUUGCCAGCUUGGGGAGCAACAUGGCCCAGGGCAUGAAUAAGACCAUGCAGCGCAUGGCGAAGUAUGAUGAGAAGAAUCGCCCAGGCUCACGGAGCACGUCGACGAGCCCUGUCAAGCUGGACAUGCAGUUCUUCAAGUUUUACAAAGGAAAGAUCCAGGUCUGCGUGGCCAACGACAAAAACUUGUGUGGAAACCUCGAAGCUUCGAAGCAGCUGCCUAAGAUGCUGGGAGGCGACGCCUUCGAGGAUGAGGAUCGUGUGGCUGAGUGCGAGGACCUUAUGAGUACUUUCUGUCCGAAAAUCUUCGGAACUAACUAUCAGUGGAUCAAUUACGAGACAUCAGAGCUCUGUGGCGAGCCUGAGUUUGACCGGGUAGGGCACGUGAACAAAGCAACCUACGAGUCAGUUACGACCUACCAGGGAGAUUCUGAUUCGAUUCUCGGUCAUGUCUUCGUCACCUUCUUGGUAUUGAUGCUCUUCGUGUGGAUUAUGCUGAUGCUGAGCGAAUUCCGUAGCAUCUUCAACCUUUUUCAUGUGAUUUGGUAUAUGCCUUCGACGAGCGACUCGGACGCGAGCUUUGCAAGUGGAGACGAGACGUUCACAGUGUCCAAGUUGCCGACCUUCCACAAAGUCUUCUCCUUGUUGUUCAUUGCCCUGCCGCGGCUCGUGAUCGCGGUGGUGGUCUUGUACGUGGGCGCAAACUUCCUGGCAAUCACCAACAACUUGCAGGACUUGGUGCUGAACAGCACUGCUUUGGGGUUCCUCAUUGAGGUGGACAACAUGAUCCACAGUUCCUUGUUGGGCCAAAGCUUCGAGAUCCUCGUGAUGCACCGCUUCGAGGCCGUCUCAGCGCCAAGCCGCGAGCGUGGGGUGGUGCAGUCUUUUGGAGCCUUGGUCGUGUCUCUCCUUGCCACGGGCUUCUUCAUUGCUUACAUCUACUACCAGCCAUUCGGAUUGCAAGCGGUAGGCUUGGGCGUGCAAUGCUUGUGCCACCUGGAGGGUAAUUGCUAUGCCCAGAAGCUUCUUCCAGAAGUGGGUUAG